CGUAAAUGUUUCACAUUUACAUUUAAGUUUAAAAAAAUGUGUGAAGUUAUUGUAUUAUUUAAUGGUUAUUCUACAAAGCUUGACGAUAGAACAAUGAAAGCAAAUUGUUCUUGUACAUUAAUAAAGGCAACAAAGAAUAUUAUUGUUGAUACUAUGACAGCUUGGGAUAGAGAAAAAAUAAUACAAGCACUUACUGAACAUAAUAUUACACCCGAAGAAAUUGAUUAUGUUGUUUGUACUCAUAGUCAUGCUGAUCAUAUAGGAAACAAUAACCUGUUUAUUAAUGCAGAACAUAUAAUUGGAACUUGUAUUCACCGUGGUGACUUAUUUUUCGAUAAAAAUUUAAAAAACGGAUAUAAAAUUUGUCCAGAAGUUGAAGUUAUAGCUACCCCUGGUCAUACAGCAGAUGAUGUUACAGUUUUAGUUGAAGCAUCAAUUUCUGAAAAAUCCACAUGUUUUGCUAUAACAGGAGAUUUAUUUGAGAAAGAAGCAGACAUACUAAAUCCAUCAAUUUGGAAAGAAUUAGGAACUAAAGAAUUACAAAAAAUUCAAUCACAUAUGCGAUCCUAUGUAAUAAAUUUGGCAAAUUUUAUAAUACCUGGACAUGGACCAAUGUUUGUUGUGACUGAUGAGAUGAGACAAAUAAUUAAACACCAAAUAAUUGUAUAA